UAACAUUAUAUCUGUUCUUGAACUUGAAUGACUAUGGCAGAGGAGGUGGUUCUGCUAGAUUCGUGGGCAAGUCCAUUUGGGAUGAGGGUGAGGAUUGCACUUGCUGAAAAGGGUAUAAAUUAUGAGUACAAAGAAGAGGACUUUUGGAACAAGAGCCCUCUCUUCCUUCAAAUGAACCCGGUUCACAAGAAAGUUCCGGUUCUCAUUCACAAGGGAAAGCCCAUUUGCGAAUCUCUCAUUGUUGUUCAGUACAUUGAUGAGGUCUGGUUUAACACAAAUCCCUUGUUACCUUCCGACCCUUACCAGAGAGCAGAGGGUAGAUUCUGGGCUGACUAUGUUGACAAGAAGAUAUAUGAUGCUGGAAGGAAGAUUCUUUCGUCAUCAAAAGCAGAAGAAAGAGAAGUUGGCAAGAAGGAGUUGAUAGAAGCUCUUAAAGUGUUGGAGGAACAGCUGGGAGAAAAGAGUUAUUAUGGAGGGGACGAUCUUGGUUUUGUGGAUAUAGCAGUUGUACCAUUCUACACUUGGUUCAAAUCCUAUGAAACUUUUGGCAACUUUAGCAUUGAGAGUGAGUGCCCCAAGCUUAUUGCUUGGGCCAAGAGGUGCCUCCAGAAAGAGAGUGUUUCCAAGUCUCUUCCUGAUCAGCAUACGGUUAAUGAGUUCGUUGUGGAUAGGAGAAAGAAAUUAGGCAUUGAGUAGGUUCAGGUUUGAGCUUAAGGAAUAAAGUUUAUGUAAUAAAAGGCACUUAACGUGCCAAAGUUCACAUGUUUGUUGGUUUUGUAAUUGAAUGUUUUUUGUAUCAUAUACUUCACUCACUG